UACUCCUCCUCUACAGCGGCUCGCGGCCUAGGCGAAAAAGGUUUUCCAAGAUGGAAAACAUUCAUAGCUUUUGGCAAUUGGGCGAUGAACUUCGGGGGCAAACCAAAGUUUCCGAGGAUCACAAGUGGUUAAUGGCUGCAUCUAAACUGGCUGAGCAGACAAGGUCAAAGGGCGAACGGAUGAAUAAUCUUGUUCUUUCAAAGGGACAGGCUGAAACAAGGCCAAGGGACAAAACUGGAUUUCAAGAAGAUAACAAAUUUGAAAGCCUCAACUUCAAUUUUUUGAGCUUGGACUCUAAAAUGAAUGAGAAUGUAAGCAAAAGUUCUUUCAGGAAUGGAAUGUACAAUGUGAAUGCAGUUUACCAAAAAAGCAAUGGAAACGGUUUGGGAAAUUUGGUUAGUAGCAAGUAUAGUGGCAAUAAUCACAGCAACAAAGAGCCCAACAACAACAGCAAUAACAACAACAAUGAAAACUCCAGUACAAACAAUGCAAUUGACAAAAGGUUCAAGACUUUGCCUGCUGCAGAGACACUCCCAAGGAAUGAGGUGCUGGGAGGCUACAUCUUUGUGUGCAACAAUGACACAAUGCAGGAAGAUCUGAAACGACAACUAUUUGGCCUGCCACCGAGGUAUAGAGAUUCUGUUCGGGCAAUAACACCAGGAUUACCUCUCUUUCUCUACAACUAUACAACGCACCAAUUGCAUGGCAUUUUUGAGGCAGCCAGUUUUGGGGGUUCUAACAUUGACCCAACUGCUUGGGAAGAUAAAAAAUGUAAAGGUGAAUCAAGGUUUCCUGCACAGGUAAGGAUUUGCGUGAGGAAACUCUGCAAGGCAUUGGAAGAAGAUGCUUUUAGGCCGGUGUUGCACCACUAUGAUGGUCCAAAGUUUCGUCUUGAACUGUCAGUCCCAGAGACCCUGGACUUGCUAGACCUGUGUGAGCAGGCAGGCGUAUGAAGCCCGGUCACUGGAAGCAUCAGCUAGCUGUUUCUAGCCAAAGAAGUAGAUGCUAGCAAUGGAAAGCAGAUGUGGUAGUCCUGUGGUGCGUUAUCAGCUGUGCGAACGGUCUCUGCCCCGAGGAUGCAAGUCCUGGUUGGGCGAGAAAAGUUUGAAAUGUGUGUGAGCCAAGCUGAAUAAAUGUGUUGUUAUCUUUGUGAAGAUAUAUAUAUUUGUAAUGUGUAUGUUAUUUAGCAUUAUAAUCUUUCUAUAGCCGAGGCCUGCGAAUCUCAAUGGAGAAAGAGAACAACAAAAUUAUAAUGUUAAAAAGCCCUCAAAGCUCAAGGCUUUGAUGUGUUUCUGUCUGUGCAAA